CCCACUCUUGCCAAUCUAUCAAGAAUUACGACCGUUGCGUGCAUAUCCCAAUGGAUUCCAAAACAAAUAACACCCCUUCGCCAAACUCUCGGCUGCUCAGUCAACCUCUUCUGGGUCCAACCCAGAAUUCGGAAAAGACGGGCCUGAAAGAGCCAGCUGUCCAGCUGAAUUACCAGACAAUCACGACGCACUCUGAGGAGACCAAUACUGCUCCGCAUCAAGAUAAUAAAGACCCGCAUCGAGAAUGGGUAAUGAGUGCUGAGUAUGCCACAUUUGAGGGCUACGGAGAUCAGGAUGCUCAGCCCGAGAUGGAGGUCUAUUACACUGAUGACCAAGAGGAUCCUUGGUGGAUUUGCUUUGUUCCAUUCUGGUUGAGAUGA